AUGAGGCCUGAAAUUAUGGAUGGGAGUUGUUACGCAGUACAAACAAUAAUACUGAAUUACAUCUCGGCUAAGAAAGCUGCUGCUACUUGUUGCCUCUCUAACCUAUCACCUCUCAUCAUCUCUUACCUUCACUCCACUCCAUUAGAUGAAAAAGGCCAAACUCUCUCUCUCUCUCUCAUUGAUUACAGCUACCGUUUUCUCUUUCCUUUUACUUGCUUUCAUUCCUCUCUUCCAUAUCCAUGUUCAUUUGUAGCAUGUUUCCUCUUGGGCACCCCAAAGUUCAAUUUUUUCUUACACACUCCUUCUUCUCCAAGCUCUACAGCCUCUGGGGUCACUUCUAGAAGAUCUAUCUCCAAACCCUUUUGGGUGAGCAAAAAGAAGAAAAAAAUGGGAAGCAAGUGGAGAAAAUUGAAGCUGGCUCUUGGUUUGGAUUCCUGUGUUCACAUUCCUAGAGCCUUUGACGAUUCCUCUGCCGCCGCCAGGUUUUCCGGCGGGGCCUCACCCACCGUCGUGUCUCCGGCCGGAGACACCUCCGGCUAUCGCCCAUCAACUCCCACACCGUCGUCCUCCGGGCUCCGGUUAUCCAAAUCCGGACCCAAAUCUCCCAAGGGUACGUGUGCAAUAUGCCUAUACACAAUGAAACCAGGGCAGGGACAUGCCAUUUUCACUGCAGAAUGUUCUCAUUCUUUCCAUUUUCACUGCAUCACUUCUAAUGUGAAACAUGGAAAUCAGAUUUGCCCUGUCUGCCGAGCAAAAUGGAAAGAAGUUCCUUUUCAGAGUCCGACUUCUUAUAUGCCCCAUGACUUGCCUCGAACGAACCAUGUAUCUCCUCGAGAUGAAGCCUGGUCGACAGUCAUACGGAGGCUUCCUUCUCCUCAAGGUGACUCUGCUCGGUCAAUUUCAUCACUUUAUCAGGUGACCGAACCAGCAAUUUUUGAUGAUGAUGAAGCCCUGGAUCAACAAACUUCAAUUACCCAUCAUAAAAAUGAAACUGAUCAUGAUAUGAUAAAUACAGUGGAGAUCAAAACAUAUCCUGAGGUUUCAGCUGUUCCAAAAUCAGCCUCUCAUGAUGCCUUUGCUGUAUUAAUCCAUCUCAAAGCUCCUCAUUCAGGGAGAAAACAAACUAGUGAAUCAUCACCUCCAGUUGAGAAUUCUCGGGCCUCGGUUGAUCUUGUUACAGUUCUUGAUGUGAGUGGUAGCAUGGCAGGUACUAAGCUAGCAUUGCUAAAACGUGCAAUGGGUUUUGUCAUUCAGAAUCUUGGUCCUUCAGACCGGCUGUCUGUCAUUGCCUUCUCCUCCACAGCACGCCGCAUCUUUCCUCUUCAGCUGAUGACUGACACUGGACGACAGCAGGCAUUACAGGCUGUCAAUUCUUUGGUUUCAAAUGGCGGGACAAACAUUGCUGAAGGCCUGAGGAAAGGCGCCAAGGUGUUUGCUGACCGCCGGUCGAAGAACUCAGUUAGCAGCAUCAUAUUACUCUCUGAUGGGCAGGACACAUAUACAGUCAAUACCAGACCUAAUACUGGAACAGAUUACCAGUCACUUGUUCCAAACUCCAUUCAUCGGAAUAAUGGUGUGGGCAUGCAGAUACCAGUGCAUGCAUUUGGCUUUGGCUCUGAUCAUGAUGCCACUUCGAUGCAUUCAAUCUCUGAGAUAUCCGGGGGUACAUUUUCUUUUAUUGAAGCUGAGGAUGUCAUUCAGGAUGCAUUUGCACAGUGUAUUGGGGGUCUCUUGAGUGUGGUGGUGCAAGAAUUACAAGUGGAAGUGGGGUGUGUUCACCCUCAUUUACAGCUUACUUCGGUCAAAGCAGGAAGUUACCAAACAAGUUUGACGGCUAAUGCAAGACUGGCUACCAUCAGUGUAGGAGAUUUAUAUGCUGAAGAGGAGAGAGACUUUUUGGUGACAGUUAAUGUUCCAGUCGAUGAGUCAACUGAUGAGACACCAUUGUUGGUUGUGAGAGGUCUUUACCGAGAGCCCAUAACUAAAGAGAUGGUGGCUUUGGAAGAAAAAAGUGAAGUUAAAAUUCAGAGACCUGACGUAGCUGGAGAAGAACUAGUUGUGUCAAUAGAGGUAGACAGACAGCGAAACAGGCUCCGAGCUGCUGAGGCAAUGGCUGAGGCUAGAGUUGCAGCUGAACGUGGUGAUUUGUCUUCUGCAGUUUCAGUCCUCGAUAACUGUCACAAGGCAUUGUCAGAAACUGUUUCUGCUCAAGCUGGGGAUAGGUUAUGUGUUGCUCUUUUUGCUGAGUUGAAGGAGAUGCAGGAAAGGAUGGCGAAUCAACAAGUUUAUGAGCAGUCUGGAAGGGCUUAUGUUCUGUCAGGAUUGAGUUCACAUUCAUGGCAAAGGGCCACUGCACGUGGUGAUUCCACAGACAGCACUAGCCUUGUGCAAGCAUACCAAACUCCUUCAAUGGUUGACAUGGUGACGCGUUCCCAGACCAUGGUCUUCGGGACCCCGCAGAAUAAACGAGUCCUGAGGCCUGCCAAAUCAUUUCCUGAUAGACAGAGAAGACAAUAG